AUGCGGCCCGCCUCCGCACGCCGGCCCGGGCGCAGCCUCGCAGCUGCAGCGGCGACGCUCGCGGCGGCAGCAGCGUGGUGUGGGGGCGGCCCCUCGGCCUGGCUGGCGAGCGCGCCGCAGAGCCGCGCGGGGAGGUGGCCGGUAGCGCCAGUUGGAGUUGCCAGGCGAUCUCCCUCCCGCUCCCGCGGAGCGGCGGCCCGGGCUUCCGUCGGCGCCGAGGCCCUCGCCGCGGCGGCCGCUCCCGCGGGAGAGCCGGGGCUGCCCCUCGCGGGCAGCUCGCUGGCGCUGGCGGAGUCCCUCGGGGUGGUGCCCCUCGUGUUCUGGUCGCUGGCUGCGCUCGUGGCGGUGCUGUUCCUGGCUGGCUUCCUUGCGGAUUCCGAGGAUGGCCCAAGCUCCGACGGCAAGAAGUGA